AUGGAAGAUUGCACCGAAACUUUAAAGAUCGAAGAUGGAAAGCUUUUCGUCAAAAAUCUCGAGCCUCGACCACAAGCCAUAUUUGACCCGGAUGUAGUCAAAACUAAACUUUUUUCUAUGGACAUAGAACCCCGACCAAGUGCAUCAUUUUAUCUGGAUGAUAUCAGAUUAAAGGUUGUUAAAGAUAUAAAACCGCGACCAAGUAUCACGUUUUAUCCAGAUGAUAUCAAAACAAAGAUUGCCAAAGAUAUAGAACCACCACCAAGUGCAUCAUUUUAUCCCGAUGAUAUCAAAACAAAGAUUGCCAAAGAUAUAGAACCGCGACCAAGUCUCACAUCUUAUCCAAAUGAUAUCAAAACAAAGAUUGCCGAAGAUAUAGAACCACGACCAAGGGCAUCAUUUUAUCCCGAUGAUAUCAAAACAAAGAUUUCCAAAGAUAUAGAACCGCGACCAAGUAUCACAUUUUAUCCCGAUGAUAUCAAAACAAAUCUUUUUAUCAAACCUAUAGAGCCACGAUCACGUACCACAUUUCAUCGAGACAAUCUCAAAGUCAAAGAGUUCUCGAUCGAUGCUUUCCGUGACGAAGCUAACGUACAAGUGGCACAAGCUUGA